UGACACCCUCACCCCCACACGCCCACACCAGAGGCGGCGUGCACCACAUCUCCGACGCCCUCCAGCUCGCAGCGCGUUGUGCUCCCCGCCUCCACUGCUAUGACAGAGGGUGCCUACCUAGGAUGGGACUUCAGCACCCAGCAGGUGAAGGUAAUUGCUGUUGAUGAAAAACUGAAUGUCACCUAUGAGGAGAGCAUUAACUUUGAUAAAGAGCUUCCAGAAUUUGGGACCCAGGGUGGAGUGCACGUUCAUACUGACAAGCUCACAGUGACUUCUCCUGUUUUAAUGUGGGUCAAGGCCUUGGAUAUAAUCUUGGAGAAGAUGAAGUCUUCUGGUUUCAACUUUUCUCAAGUCAGAGCUUUGUCUGGGGCUGGCCAGCAACAUGGAAGUGUAUACUGGAAAAGAGGGGCCUGCCAAACUCUGAGGAAUUUAUCUCCUGAUCUUCCUUUACACCAGCAAUUAAAGUCCUCUUUCUCACUCUCUGACUGCCCCAUCUGGAUGGACUCUAGCACCACAUUGGAAUGCUGCAACUUGGAGAAGGCUGUUAAAGGAGCCCAGAAUCUCAGUGAUAUCACUGGGUCCCGGGCCUAUGAGCGUUUUACAGGAAACCAGAUAGCAAAGAUUUUCAAGGAGAAUCCCGAUGCCUACUCACAAACCGAGAGAAUCGCUUUGGUUAGUAGCUUUGCAGCUUCCCUUUUCCUUGGAUCCUAUACACCCAUUGAUUACAGUGAUGGUUCUGGGAUGAAUUUAUUGCACAUACGUAAAAAAUCCUGGUCCCAGCCCUGCCUAGAUGCAUGUGCACCUGAGUUAGAGGAGAAACUUGGACCGGCAGUACCCUCGAGUUCAGUACUGGGACCUAUUUCUUCUUAUCAUGUUCAACGUUAUGGGUUCAACUCCAAAUGUAAAGUGAUAGCCUUCACUGGAGACAAUCCAGCAUCACUAGCUGGAAUGAGACUGGAAGAAGGUGACAUUGCAGUUAGCCUUGGCACCAGCGAUACACUGUUUCUCUGGAUCAAGGAGCCAACCCCAGCUUUAGAAGGCCACAUCUUCUGCAACCCUGUUAAUUCUCAAGAGUACAUGGCCCUUUUGUGCUUUAAGAAUGGGUCUCUGAUGAGAGAGAAAGUCCGAGAUGAAUUUGCUUCAGGCUCCUGGGAUGAGUUCUCCACAGCACUGCAAUCCACUGAAACUGGAAAUUGUGGAAAUCUGGGUUUUUAUUUUGAUGUGAUGGAAAUUACUCCAGAGACCACUGGGCGUCACAGGUUUAAUGCAGACAAUCAGAAGGUAUUAAACUUUCCCAAAAAGAUGGAGAUCCGAGCUUUGAUUGAAGGACAGUUCAUCGCCAAAAGGAUUCAUGCUGAAAAGCUAGGCUAUAGAGUUGUGCCAAGUACCAAGAUUCUGGCUACUGGAGGAGCUUCACAUAAUAAAGACAUCUUACAGGUUUUGUCUGAUGUGUUCAAUGCCCCCGUAUACACUAUUGAAACUGCCAAUUCGGCUUGUUUGGGAUGUGCUUAUAGAGCGAUUCACGGCCUUGCAGCAGAGGGAAAUGUUUCCUUUGCUGACAUUGUGAAAUUAGCCCCGGAGCCCAGAUUAGCCACCACACCAAUUGCUGGAGCAGCUCAGGUCUAUGGGCCACUCCUCAAGAGGUAUGCUGAGUUGGAGCAGCAAAUUGUCCUGCAGUCUCAUGCACCACCCAACUGAAAAGUCAGGUUUCUAAGAGACUGCCCCAGAAUUGCCAUGAAUGUAGAAAAGAGGAAUCAACAUGUUUUGAAAUUUCCUGUGAUUGCUCCUGUUUCAUCCUCUGGUUAAUCAAACAUAAUGAAUAGGGGUUCAAUUCAACAGUCUCCUUCUCCAGGAAGCUGCCUUUCAUCACUCUGGUCUAUGCUGAGCCCUCCUACAGCAAACCUGAUUGUGCAUUGCCAUCGUCUAUUGCCUGUUUCACUGAUGAAUCUUAUCUUCCAACUAGCCUGUAAUCACCUUGAAGAAAGGGAUCAGAUUCUAAGCAUAAGGUUUCCUUGACCAAUGUCUCACAAAAACAUUGUUAAUAGAUUUUAACUAAACUCCCUGAUAAAGUGCAACAUUUUCUAAACAAUGUUCACAAGGAACUGUAACAUGGUUUCACCUAAGCUUUCACCAAAGUGGUUUACAAAGUUAGGAGGAACAUGUAUAUCACUUGUAUCCCAUGUACUUUCAAGCCUGAGCACUCACUAAGGGCUUACAAAAAUGAAUUAAAGCCAAAAUAAAAAUAAUAUUGACCUACA